AUGGCAGCGUCUAUCCCCCCAUUGGACUGUGCUCCCCCUUUAAGUCACAAGCAACGCAAGGCUGCAUCCAGGAAAGAAAGAAGGAAGCGGAAACGACAAGCAAUGGCCAGAAUCAGAGAGUCUGCAGCACAAAAUGGUGUUGAUCCCCCUGAGGAAGUGGACGAGGAGGAUGAUGAAGACGACAGGAUAGUGGAAGAGGAACGGCAACGUUUGCACGAAGAGUGGCUGGAGCGAGAGCGACUCGCGCAAGAAGAAUUUCGUCUGAAGUCUGAGCGGGAGGAGGCUGUGAGGAAAAGGAGAGAGGAGGAUGAGCGGAAGAUAAAGGAGGAAUGGGAGGCUCAGCAGAGGAGAGAAGAAGAAGAAAAAGAGCAAAAGCAGCAGGAAAAACGAGACAGAGAGGAGGCUGUUCAGAAAAUGUUGGAUGAAGCAGAAAAUCAGCUAACUAAUGGAGGACCGUGGAUGAAUCCUGAGGCUCCCGUAACAGAGAGAACUGAAAAUUAUGGGACAGAGCGAGAUGCAGCCAACUGCCCUUUCUUCCUCAAAACCGGGUCUUGUCGUUUUGGUGACAGAUGUUCUCGGAAACAUGUGUAUCCAUCGAGUAGCCCCACCCUUAUGAUCCGGGCAAUGUUUAUAACAUACGGCAUGGAACAAUCUCGACGUGACGACUAUGACGGUGAUGCUUCUCUGGAAUACAGCGAGGAAGAGCUGCACGAGUCCUUCACUGAAUUCUACCACGAUGUUCUACCGGAGUUUAGAACUGUUGGCAAAGUGGUCCAGUUUAAGGUCAGCUGUAACCAUGAGCCACACUUGCGAGGGAACGUAUACGUUCAGUUUGAAACAGAGGAGCAGUGCAAAGAGGCCUUCAUCAAGUUUAAUGGAAGGUGGUAUGCUGGCAAACAACUGCACUGUGAGAUAUGUCCCGUAACACGGUGGAAGAAUGCCAUUUGUGGACUGUUUGAUAGAAAAAGGUGCCCAAAAGGGAAAAAUUGCAAUUUCCUGCACGUAUUCCGAAAUCCCGGCAAUGAAUUCUGGGAGGCCGACAGGGACCUUAACAUAUCACCAGAUCGCAGCAUCAAGGGAAGUCACUCAGAGAGACACUCGGAAAGAAGCGGAGACCGAUCUUGGAGGAGUCACCGGAGCAGGAGCCCGCCGAGAUCGGAGAGAUCCUACAGCAGACGUGAAGAUGAGCGACAUAGCGAGAGGAGUCGAGACAGGAGGACGUCCCAUCACCAAAGGGACGACAGCAGGCGCCCAUUCAGGUCGGCGCAUUAUGACAGGGGUAGAGCUAGGUGCAGAAGCAGAGAAAAGUCCAGGAGUAGAAGUCGAGACCGUAAAAGUAGGGAUCGAGACAGAAAUGUCAGAAGUCGCGAUAAAAGUGAAGAGAAAGACCGAAACGGUGGCGCAGAAAGAAACAAACCUGGCAGAGAAAAGCGCAAACAUCUCAGCCCAUAUAAGGAAGAUGAAAAGCAAAACAAUCCUGAUGCUGAAAACAAGCGACAUCGCCACCACAAACACUCAAAAAAGAGCAAAAAGAAAAGCAAAAAGAAGCACAAGAAGAGGAGCUCUUCACCUGAAGCCAUGACUUCUUCCAAAGAGUCAGAUGAAGAAGAGACUGUCGACAGACUCUCGAAAAAAAGUCCAAGUGGCGAGAAAGGGGAGAACAAUGAUGACUUGAGUGCAAGUCCAAGCACUGAGGCAGAGAAACCUAUUACAGAAGGGCACACAUUAAGCUCUUAG